AUGCUGGAGAGAACGGCUGCCGCGUUGGAGCCCUGCACCUUUCAACGUUCUCUUCCAUCGUCCGUCAGAGCUCGGCGAAACCUUCACACCGGCUUCUGGCAGCAUGGCGCUGCGCCCCUCGACCUGGCCAGUCUAUGGGCACCCAACGGUCACGAUACACAGGGUAUGAGGGAGCCCGUCGCUUCGUCUCAUACUCCCGACAGGCUCGUCGCCUCGGCCUUUCUCCUCGACUUUCUCUACCCCCGAGGCACCGUGGCUUUCCUGCGGCGCCUGACUCCCGCUUCUGCAACAUCCUCUGCCCAGCGACAGCCUCAGCAAGGCACGACUCGGCUCUUCACCUCUGCAUCCCACGACGCACAUGCCGCCCCCGAACCAGCGGAUAUCUUUGAACAUGGUGCCCCUUCCACUGCAUCACCAUCGGCUCAAACGAUCGCGCCUGUCGCCAACCACACAAAAUAUGCCGAGCAAUACGAUGGCCAGCAUGUCGCCGCCGCUGCCGACGCGCAGCCAGAACUGAUGAGGGAGCUCAUGGCACGGAAAGACGCCGAGUACUUUGGGCAGAUUUGGGACUUGUGGCGGCAGCUGAACACCCAACGCAGGGCUGAUCUGCGUCCAGAAGUCAUUGCAUACUUUCACCGAUCAACGUCAGCCGCCAACGCCGAUCGCGUUCUCGCCCUCUUCUCCGAGAUGGACCCGUCCUCUUGGACGCCCCCCAUCCUGACUGCAGCAGUGGCCGCCGAGCUUCGUCAAGGCGAUGUCAAGAGAGCACUCAAGAUAUAUCAUACGGCACUCAAGGAGCGGGAGCUGGUGGGUGGGCUUGGGCACCUCCUUGCCCAUGCCUUUCGACACUCGGCCUGGGAUCUCAUUCGUGAGAUCUGGACGCCCUACAGACACCUGUUUGCGGCGAAAGGGGUACAAGCAGGCGAUCUGUCACCACUUUUGGCAGUUCCAGACCUAGGCACGCAAGUACUUGCAUUCAUGGAGAACAUCAAGGCAUUUGAGGGCCUGCCAGAUCUGAGUCCCAAGGCAAAGCCGAAACAGGGAAGGAGAAACCGGCCCAGGUCAGCUCCGUCUGAUGCUGAGGCCACUGACGGCCUUGUCAGGCUACUCCGAGAAGCAUCCAAGCGCGCCUUGGUGCAGCCUUGCAAGCCGGACGAAGCCCUGCAUCUCCUUCAGGUCAUUUCCCACUCAGAGUGGUACUCGAUCUAUCUCAACAAAGCCGUCGAACGAGGCCAAGAGGAGCAUAUGGCUGAGAUUUACCGCGAAUUCCGCAAGCUCAGCAAGCAUAUCAAUUGGCGUAUACUACAUGGCAUGUUCGACGUUUUUUAUCCCCACGACGUAGCAGGUCUCGAGCAGGUCUAUGAGGAUUUCCAUCGCUCGUACGGCAAGCUUGAUCAGUGGGGAUUCCGCAAGUACCUCAAAUUUUAUGCCUCACGCGGCGAUGUCAGGUCUACCAAGAGGCUCUGGUCCGAAUACGUGGCCAAAGGACAUCACAAAGGCAUUAUGAAGGAUCCUGAGACGUUCAAUCAUGUCCUGAACGCAUACAGCAAUCGCGGCAUCCCAGAAGAUACGCGGCAGGUCUUUGAUGACUUGACAGUCAAGUACAACGUGACGCCGGAUGUUGUCAGCUGGAACAUCCUGCUCAAAACCUACGUCAGAGCGGAUCGCUACGACGACGCAAUCCAAGCAUUCGAGGACCUCUCCGAGUCUGUCGCUCCUGAUUCGGUCAGCUUCGGUACCAUCAUGGCCAUGACCGGUGGCAAGGGCGACCUGGCGAGGACCGAGAGCUUCUUUGAACAGGCUCAAGAGUUGAAAGUGGAGGUAGAUGCUGCCAUUGUCUACGGCCUGGUCGAGGCGUAUUGCCAGAACGAUCGCUUUCACGAAGCCAAGUUAGCCUGCAUUUCUGCAACGAGGAAAGGAGUUCAAGGAGACAAUGCUUACUUCUGGAAUUGUCUCAUCAAGUAUCAAUCACAUCGGCGGAACUUGGGAGGCGCAUACCGGACAAUGGACCUCAUGGCUGAGCACGGCGUCAAGUGGAACGCAGUGACGUACGAUCUCGCUUUGCAGUCUCUCCUUUACACGAAACAAACCGACCACGCAUACCAGCUUCUCCUAUCGACACUGGAAGACAAAUCAUUCCCUGUCACCGAGCAGCAUUUCGCAACAGUCAUGUCGAGCGCUUUGCGGACCGGCCAGCCGCGGAAGGUCGAGGCUAUCCGCGCUGCGAUGGAAAAGAAAGGCUAUCCCAUGUCUAUGGAGACGUCGAUCGCCACGGUGGACGCCCUGCUGAAGCAGCAAUCGACUGCUCGCCGAGGCGAAGAAGGAGACGUUAAGCGGGUGGCUCUCACGCCUGAGAAAGCACACGAGCUGGGCAAGUCUCUUGUUGACUACUUUCAGAGAGUGCUUCAGAGCCAAUACAAGGAUCCGAUCAUGGAUUCUGGUUCCGAUCGCUGGAUGAUGAGGCAACCUGGCGACAAGAACUUGAUAGGAUCCUAUGCUCGUGUUGUUCAGCGCGCCAUGGUGGUUCUCGCACAGUCCGGAGACUUUGCCUCGGUCCAUGAGAUCCUCGACCUGUAUUCAAAGGCAAUGCUGGGCGGGUCGAAUCAUACAGCAUCCACCCCACUACCGCUAGUCGACACGAUGAUGCUAGCGAAUUUCCUGGAUAACAAACACGACCGGGUCAAGGAAGCAUGGGAAGUCGCCUGGCAGAAAGCAUUGGCGCAAGGCCGACCCAAGACGUACAAAAAACCAGGCAUCCUUCCCAGUCAUCGUUACGACCUCUGCGGUCCGGUACAUUCGAUGCAGCGCGUGUUAGCAGCUGAGAAGGAUCAUCAAGGGCUCACCGACCUGGUGGAAAAGGUCACCAGUGCAGGUUUCAAACUUGACAGCCGCAACUGGAAUUACAUCUGCCGCGCGCUCGUGGAGAUGAGCCAGUGGGAGCAGGCAUGCGACUACUGCGAGAACAUGCUCAUGACUGGCUGGCGCGGUUGGGCGCCUCACCGUCGCGGCCACAGCAAACCCAAGACAUUGCCUAUCGAAGUGCGGCGCAGAGGCAAUGCGCCACGGUGGUUACGGCCUGACGGCAUCACGCUGAACUUGCUGCGCGACCAGUAUGUUGUUCUGAAGUCCGAGGCGCCCUGGUCUAGCACUAUCGAGGCACAGCUCCAUCGCGUGCAAGAGAAGUGCCCAAGGUUAUGGCGCGCUUUUCUGUCCAAGGAGGAGUCGCGGAAGACGGUCGAGAGUGAGUUGCCGUGA